UGCCAGGCACAAGAGAAAUCUGAUUCAUAAUGGCAGACGAGAGCUGCGAAUUUGUAAACAUUCCACGCACGAUUGCUCUUUUUUCAGAAAAGUGGUGCCGAAGGCAGUGUAUAUCAACCGUCUAUUAAUAUGGGUAUAUUUUGAUAUUAGCUAUGGUAGUAAAUGGUGGCGGGAACUCUGAAUCUUCUGCAUCCUCCCGAAAGACACCAUGUUCAUUCAGUGCUGUUGAUCCACCAAUAUGUGAAGAGUGUCAAGAAUUGGAUCUUUCUUUUUUUGAUCCAACAUGUGCUGGUUGCCAAGAUAUACUAUCCAAUCCAAGAACUACCAUUUCUGAAAUAUUUGCCAUAAUGAGACAAUGGGUUCCUCAAACCCAACAACAUAUUGAAAUUCUUAUUGAGGAAAUAUUAAAAAGGGGAGGCCAUAUUGAUGACAGAGACGGGCUUACUGAUAUGACGCUUUUACACUAUGCAGCAAAGUCUGGUGCAAUUGGUGUUGGUGAUAUUGAAACAUCUUGCAAUGUUGUUAAAAAACUGAUUAGUCUGGGUGCUAAUCUUAUUGCUAAAUGUAGAUGGACAGAUAUGUCAGCUCUUCAUUAUGCAGUUUUCUUUGACAUCAAACCAGUUGUUAAAAUCUUACUGGACGCUGGAAACAUUCAUGAUAUUGAUCAAUGCAGCAAAGAAUUUGACGGUGGUACAGCGCUUCAUAUUGGUUGUGCUAACAAAAGCUACGAUUCUGUAGAAACACUGAUUUCAUAUGGCGCAAAUCCUCACUACGUAAAUAAAUUGGGAAAAUUACCGAUUAGUUGUAUCCCUUCAGGUGAUGAUAUUGACACAUCAGAUGUUAAAUCAAAACAAGUCAUUGCAUCAUUACACCAACUGUUGUCUACUGCCAUGCAGAAUACAGAACCAAAAAAAACUCAUAGUUUAAGUCUAUCCACACUCCAAGCUUUGGGUUUGGAAAUGAACGAUCAAGUAAUUGUGGCUGGAAAGGUUGGUAUGUUGAGAUUUUGCGGUUCAACGGAGUUUGCAUCUGGUCAGUGGGCAGGUAUUGAGUUAAAUGAACCAGUUGGUAAAAAUGAUGGUUCCAUCGCAGGAGUAAAGUAUUUUGACUGCAAACCGAAAUAUGGAAUAUUCGCACCGCUGACACGUGUAAACAAAUACGAUGGAACAUUACCAGUUCCACUGGGAAUUAAUGGUUCACGAAACAGUUCAAGAGCAUCUUCUGCAGAUUCAAAUAGGCCAAACUUAGAAAUAGGUGAAAAAGUGGUUGUUGCUGGUCAGAAGAUUGGUAUUGUACAAUUUGUUGGUCCAACCAAGUUUGCAUCGGGAAUUUGGGUUGGUGUUGAGCUCGAUCAAGCGGCAGGGAAAAACGACGGAGCGGUAUCUGGUGUUCGAUAUUUUGAGUGUAGUCCGAAACAUGGAGUGUUUGCGCCGUUGAAUAAAGUUAAGAGAAUUUAUGGUGAAGAAGAAUCGUUUCACGAUACUGUCAAUAAUGACACUGCAGAACGCUUGUUGAAUGACGAGAACGUUACACCUGAACCUGUACAGACCAAAUCAACUGAAAUUUCUAGUGGCACACAAAACAGUGUUAAGAAGUCCACAAACAGCAAUACUAAAAUCCCUCAUGCAAACAUAAAUAGAAACAUUUUACUCCAUUCUGCUUCAAGUACACCCCGUUCUGCUUCAAGUACGCCCCAACAGAAGAAACGGACCAGAUUGGAUACAACAUUGGGCGCUCAAAUUAAUUUUACUUUGAAAAACGGUAUGAGCGUGUACGCCAAUAACGAACUUGGUAUCGUUCGUUUCAUUGGUCGUGUCGAGUUUUCUGACGGGAUAUGGCUUGGCGUCGAACUACGAAAACCUAGUACGUAUAUGUUCCUUGUAAUUAUAAACACAUCCUUAAUUUGUGUUAACUGCACACAUCAAAUAGAUAUCUUUCGCCCAACUUCAGUGCGAAAAAACAAUGUAGAGUUUGCAUGGAUGAAGAAAAGAGAGAGAGUUGGAGUGUGUUUUUUAAAAACAAAAAAAAUGCAUGUUGACUAUAUUUCUUUCUGUUUAUACCUUUCAUUUUUACUUUUCAUUCUAGAAUUAAUUUAAUGUUAAUGUUCUGCAUAGCUGUUUGACUGUAUAAUUUAAGAUGCUACACGAAUAUACCAUCGUCUUUUAAAAUGUUCAAAAAAUUGUUGGGAUAAAUGCUUAAUUUCAAAGAUCAUACCCAAGCAAUCAUUUACGUUGUUUUAAGACAUACCCACCACGCAUUUUGAACUUGUCAAAGUUCACAAAUUAUGUUCACACCAGACUACUGCACCUAGCGCAAUUUUUAACGCUUCUUACCGUCCCCACACAUCGCGAAGGAUUGGACGGGAGAUGCUGUUUUGCCAUUUUGAGCAAUGGCCAAAAAGCUGCCAUUUUUAAGUUUAUGUACAGGAUUGUAAAAGCCUGGUUGUGUAAACGGUGCAUGAAAUAUACCACCUCUUCCAAGCAACGAAUCAGGCGCAUAUAAUGUUUGGG